GGGGUCGCCCGAGGCCACACCGUGCCGACCCGUCUCUCACGGGGGUGCUGAACCCUCCAGGGAUGCCCCGCUGCAGGCUCUCCCGGCCUAGCAUCCACCUCCCUGCCGUCGGGGUCGGGCUGCGUCGUUUCUAGGGCCUAGACCCUUCCCAUGGGGAGCGGGGCAGGUAAAAACAGGGGAGAAAUUAACAAAAACCCAGGAUGGUAGAAUGGGUUGACAUCGCCAAUGAUCUUCUAAUGAAGUGUCACAUAAAUCUACACAUAAAGAAGCUUUUAGAAUGUGAUGCCAAUGUAUUUGUUCAUCUUUAUGAAUCAAUUUUAGGAGAAAAAGUACCAGACUACAUAACUGCUCCCAGAACCCAAGAGGAUGAUGCACAUAAUGUACAAGCAGUGAUAGAUUCUCUAGCACUGGACUAUUUGCAAGUUAGCUUGUCACAUAUCACCGGGGAGAACAUUGUGAAGGGGGAGAGAGAAUCUAUCAGAAAUCUGUUAGAAAUAUUUGAUGGCCUGCUGGAAUAUCUUACAGAAGUCAGUGAAGCUUCUUCUCAGAGCGGUGAUGAGCCUGACAUGCUAAUUAACAAUGACAUUCAAAGUACACCUCAAGAGCAACUGGAAGAUGAUGCUGAGGAAUCCAUGCCAAUACAAAAACUCCCAUCAGUUGUGGGAUCAUCCCAAUCAGAGAUUUCUAUUCCAUCUUGGGAAGUUGAAGGAUCAGAAUCUACCAGUGAAUUAAUUAAGCUUGGGGACACUGCAUGUUCACUUUCGUUAAGGGAAGAAGGGUUCCAGCUCCCUGAACUAUUGCCUGCGGAGACAGGGGUCUCCAAGGAGGCCAAAGAACCUGAGAGUGCUCAUGUGGCAUUACCGAGUCAACCCUCAACUAGCAGAAUAGCACUUGUAAGAGAGAGGAAAGGAUCAGCAGAAUCUGUUCAUUCCACUGAAUUUCACAAAGAGAGUUUGAGUUCCAGUGCUAAAAAGCUUGGGGAGCCCAUUCGCCCAGCCAUUCCUUUGCAACCACCAUAUCAGCCAUCUGAGCCCAGGCCCCAUUAUCCCAUAGGAAGGGAAUACCAGAGCCCAGGAAGACAGUCAGCAGCUCUGGCCAGUAGUCAAACAAUUAAAACUCCUGCUUCUGCAGAAUCAUGUAGACAGGAAUCUGAAACUAGUUCUGGGAACACUUCUGUGUCAGGGAUCACCUGUGAUUUUCCAGCUGGAGAUAAGAUGGUCUCAGAAGAUGAUGAGCUAAAUGGUGAUGAGGGUGCAGCAAAGGAUCUUGGUGUAUAUGCAACAUCUACGUCCACUUCUCACUUACACCAUGACAUUUCAUCAUGCACCCAACAGACGACAUCAAAAGCAUUAACCCCAAAACCUGAAACAAAGAGUCUGUCUGAUGUUGAGAGAUAUGAGAGUUCCACCCCCGAUUCGCUUGGGGAAGAGCCUCUCUUCCGCAGAAGGGCAAAGGGGAAGUUAUCCGAGCAGGAGCUGGAGGAAGUGUCAGAGAAGCUCUCGCGCAGGUUAAAUGAACUAGAUUUAAUGUUAAAGAGAGCUUUGGGUGAGCGCAGUAGGGAGGAGGAGCUGACAGAUGAAGACAGAUUGUCUCAGCACAGUGACAGUGUCAUGGAUUACCGGAGGAGGAUACUUCACCCAGGCACUCCAUGUCCAAAAAAAAAUACCAGGCCACGGUCCCUUUCUCCAUCCCCACCUCCAUCCAGGUAUCUACAUCCCUCAGCGUUUGAAGAUGCACUUCAGAGAGAUGCAAGAGGCCAGAUGGGGCAGAUGCGCAGGCAAUUUCAAAAGGAACAGGAUUACAGGAGAAGGAAAGCAAAGCUGAUGACUAAAGCGUAUGAAGAUGAGUUAAGAAUUUAUGAAGCUAGAGAGAGACUCGAACUCUCCAAACUAAGAGCAAAAGCUAAGGAAAAGGAACGAGAAUACAAAGAAAACAUAUUUAAAGAACCUCCAAAAAUGCCUCGGCCAGUGAAAGUUUAUUCUAGAAAACCCACACCUCAGAAUCCCAAACACAGCCAGUGGAUUCCAAGAGGAGGCUAUGCGAAGCCAAAGAAAGCAGCUCCAAUGAAAGUAAAGGAUGAUGAUCUCUUGCCUCUGCUAUUGGAAGAGUUUCCCCACCUGCAUAUUUCCCACCACACCCUGAACAAAAUGUGGCAGCAACAGCUUGCACAGAUUGAACGAUUUAAGUCGUCUUCUGGCACAGAGAGAUCAAGAUUGAAACUCCAAAAUGAAGUAGAAGAAGCUCUGAAGAAGCGUGACCUCCUUGCUGAAAUUAUUAAGAAGGAUCAAGAUCACAACAAGAGACUGCAAGAGUUUAAGCAGCGCAUCCAUCGACAGAAGUGGACCCAGAACAAAACAAGAGAGAAACGUCAGCAAAUUGCUCGAGCCAAGAAGUACUAUGAAGACUACCGUGUCCAACUGCGUGCCAGAAUGAUGCGGGCAAGGACGCGGGAAGAAAGGAUAUUUAAAAACCUGUUUGAAGAAGGCUUAGAGAUUCAGAAGCAAAGGCUAGAGGAGCUGAGAGCUUACGCUAAAGAGAAGCGUGCUGAGCAAAAAAGAGUACAUCAAAAUGAACUGGAGUCCAUGGAGAACUACUACAAAGAUCAGUUUUCAAUGCUAGCAGAAGCUGUGUCUCGAGAACAUCAGGAAAUCAAAACCAGAGAGAGAACUCAAGCAAAAAAGCUACAGAAAACAAAGAGGGAGGUGAGAUCAAAGGUGGAAAAGGAAAUUCAGCAGCUGCAGACUAUGAUCACUCAAGAUGAUGAUGAUACUUUCUUUCGAGAGCUGGAAGCAGAACGACUGAAAUCCAGACUUCAGAUGGCUUCCUUUCAGUACAGCAAAAACCAUUUCUUGUAACACUUAGGCAAUUACCUGUCAGUGCAGUUGCUUUCUGGCCAUGGUGCUGUUGAAUUUGUUAGGGAAUUGCCAUAGCUGGAGGAUGGUGACCACUGUGCUGUAAAGCAUCCAGCUCGUCUUGUUUACAAUGUUGGAGGCACGAUGCCAUCUAUGUGUCAGUAGCUGGGACUCUUGAGCACUUUUUUACUGUAACACUUGAAUAAAGUUUAAACUAUUGCUUAACUACUUUAAA